AUGACUUUGGAUUUCUCAGUGAAAGGAAAACUCAAGAUCUGCAUGGACGACUAUGUCAAGAACAUGUUGGAAGAUUUUCCUAUCAAGUUCAACAAGGAUUCAAAGCAGGAAACACCAGCUGGUAACGAUUUACUGGAAGCUGGUAAAGGGAAGUUACUCAGUGCUGAGUACCGUCAGAUCUUUCAUACUACUGUUGCAAGGGAACUUUAUGUCUCUAAGAGAGCUCGUUUGGAUAUCCAUCCAACGACUACUAUUCUUGCCUCAAGAGUUCGAGAGCCUACAGAGUCUGAUUGGAAGAAGUGUGUUCGCAUGAUGCAAUAUUCGUUUUGUACAUUGUUGUAUCACCUGACACUUUCUGCAGAAUCACUACAAGUAAUGAAAUGGAUGAUCGACGCAUCAUUUGCGGUGCAUCCAGAUUUCAAGAGCCAUACUGGUGGCACUCUGUCCUUUGGAGGAGGUGCAGCUCAAGCGAUGUCAAAGAAGCAAAAGCUAAACAGCAGAAGCAGUACGGAAGCGGAACUGAUUGCUGUUGACAAUGUUGUCACGAUGAUACUAUGGACAAAGUUGUUCAUGGAGUGGCAUGGGUAUCCUAUCAAGAAGAAUAUCUUGUAUCAGGAUAACAAAAGCGCGAUUCUACUGGAAGAGAAUGGUCACAAUUUCUUUAUCACAGAUCAAGUUGAGAAAGGAAAUGUUAAGAUCGAAUACUGUCCAACUGACUGUUGGAGGUAUUGA